UAUCAGUACCAUUCGUUUCGUACCAAGGACAAGACACGGGGGGUUCGCGUAAAUUCUCAAAUUUUCUUCUUCGUUGUUUUCAUCCGCGUGUGCGGUAUCGAAUCCGAAAUCCGUAUCGGUUGUCAAUUGUCAAAAUUCUUUCUCUUUUCGUCAUACCGACCGAAAGUUAAUUAACGUACAAAAGAAGGUUCAUUUGUGGCGCGUAAUUUCAGAAAAGUUCAAAGCUUAUUGAUGCUUUUUUUUGCAUAGCUGGUGCCAAUUAGAUAGCAUUCGAUAAUAUACCGGAGCUCGCGCGCGAUCUCUACGUGUACGUAUAGUUCGUUUACUGAAAUAAUUAUCGUAAUCGUGCGAGCGAUUUUUGAUCAUCGUAAAUGAAAUAACUUCGAUAUGCGAUAGAAUACAUAGCGAACGUAUUGUGCGAAAACAAGCGAAUGUUUUUACGUGUAUGAAAUCCAACUACGAGAAACAUCUGUUUGAUUCGUAUAGUCUAUUAUUUAUUAUGUUGACUUUUAUUUUUUUUAUUAUUCCUAAAUACCGACAUUUUGCGCGAACGUAUUCUCCUACCGCCGUUCAAAUUUCCAUAGUGUAAGCUGCGCGAUUGUAGUGCAACGUUGAAAAUUUUUUCUUCUGUAGACAAUUUAUAGACUCGGCUAUAUUAUGGAAUUCAUAAAAUACAGAAUCGUAGCAUGUUAUAAUUCGGAUGUACGACGAAUGUCUGCAGAAGGAGCUGUCAUGUGCUCCGAUAAUCCAGCCUACGGUUCGUCUCCGUACCAAGGACGCCAACGCAAGUUCAGUUUUCCCGCUUCGUUCCAUUCGAAUAUCCUGCAAUCGAGAACUUUCCAAGAUAUCAACAGCGGUAACAACCUGCAACAGUUUUUCUUGAACAGGAGACGAUUCAGUAAUGUUGGAGAUGCGGUUACCAGGAAGCUGUCAACCACCAUUGGUUGGAGGAAUACGCAGGUUCCUACGCAAGAGAUCGUUAGACAUGGUAAAACAUUAUGUGGACAGUAUAUCAGAUGUAGGCUCAAACGAUCAGGAUUAUUUACCAAAAAAUGCGGAUUGCAGAGGCUCAGAAGUGCGGCCAGUUUACCCGAAGGAAUGAUUAUUCGCGAAGUCUUCCCCGAACUAUUAACUAUUGGACAAGAAUUAGAAAGAAUGCACCCGAAGUUAUACACAGGUGUAGCGAAACAAGCCAACGGUGCGUGUGCCGGAGGAAUAAUUAUCACCGAGAAGUCAGCGAGAAAGAUAUUGAUCAGCGUAGCUCGAUCUUUAUUUCGUCCUGAUAUAUCUUGGGCAAAGAUUAUUUCGUUUUUCGCAGUCGCCGGAGGUCUAGCGACCGAUUGCGUUAGACAGAACCAUAUAGAAUUCAUUCCACAUAUCAUAGAAACCUUCGGAGAAAUAAUUGAAGAUGAAUUGGCAUCUUGGAUUAACGAUAAUGGCGGAUGGGUGUCAUUACAAAAUUACUAUAAACCAAAGAAUCCACAAAUAUCUAUAGCGAAGACAUACAUAUUGUGUUUUUGUUUCGUACUUUUUGCUAUAUUUGUUUUCGUUUUAUUACUCAAAUGGUGCGGUAAACUCGCUUUAUAAUAAUUAAUUUACCUGCGUACUUUUUAAAUACAUUCGACAUCAACUUUCGUUUCUUUACUAAUUCGCUGUUUAUAUUCUUCGAACAACUCAACGCAAACUGAGACUGAAUUCAAGUCUGAAAAAUUGAACUCAUAAAAUUCACCCAAGAAACACCAAUCACCCUACGAAAGUUGCGAAUAAUCUAUCUAAACAAAUCUACAAAACCCAACAAUGGUCACUCAAAUUAAACUCACGAUGAAAAAAGAAAUUCAUAAUCGAAAAUAUCAAUACCUUUAUUCGUAACCAUUAACGACAAUAUUAAGCAACGUUAUUGACAUCGUAAUACGUAAGCUGAUGAUGUAUCGAGUGCCAACUGAUUUUUUUUAUAAUGCAAAAAGAUCCAGACAGCGGUAGGUAAUUCGUUAAUAUUCAACAAUCAUAAUAUUUUACGUAGUUAAUGAUUUCGAACCUAAAAAUAUAAGACAAUUGAAUCAAAAUUGGAGAAAUAUUACGAAAUGAAAACAGUAUUGUAGAUUCGGAAAAUAAAUAUAUUAAUAUAAAACAUCCAACAUAACGAAUACAUUAAAAGUCUGAUUGCAAAAUAGUAUUUGAAAAUAUAAAAUGCCGAAUGUGACAACCGUUCAGUGAACGUGAAGUUCGCUGUUUUGGAGUAGAUUGCAACAUGUAGCUCAUUCACUAUCAAGAUAUUAUAACGUAAUGUAUUUUUUUAAAAAUCUUACAAAAAUUGCGCCAAAAACACGAUAUCAUGAGGGUUAGCAUUUUUCUUCUUCAAGACCAUGCUUGAAAAACAUCAAUACGGGUACACUGUCGCCAUUGAUUUCUCUGUAUUCCAAGAAAGCUACCAUGCCGUCGGUGUCCAUAGA